ACAGCUGCACGAACAGGACCAUGUUGAUAACUCAUCACCGAUCACUCUCUCAUAUCUUAAACCCCUCUCUCUCUCUCUCUCUCUCUCUCUCCAUCUUGGCUCUGGAGUGUUCGGAUCACUCACAAAUCAGUCGUCUCCCUCUCUCGAUCACUCUCUCCAUCUUCAUACCUCAUCACCGAUCCCUCUUUACUCUCCCUCGUUUGAAAUCGAAACUAAGUCGAAAUCCAGAGAUGAUCCAGAAAUUGACAGAAUGUUUAAGGAGAGAGUUAGAUGGGAUGAUCCUAUGGCACAUUUGGUGAAUUGUAAUGAGCCACGAACAGCUGAAGCCUCAUACCAGCAGAUGUGGCAUCAUCAAAUCCUACAACAGUGGGGAAGAAAGGGGAGGCAGGUCCCACCAAUGUCUUGGUUGUCCAUGGGUUGGAUGAAAAUGCUGAUGAAGAAAUGCUUCGUUAUGAGUUUUACAAACAUGCUCCAAUUAAGGAUCUUCGUCUGGUUAGCGACAAAUUUACUCAUGUUCCAAGGGGAUUUGCUUUUUUACAUUUUCAUACAUAUGACUCUGUUGGAUGGGUACCAAAGGAAUAUAAUCCAGACAACAAGCGGCCCACUGGUGGGCAGGAGCCAAGUGGUGGAGAGGUUGCAGGUCCAAAGGAUGCUUCUUCUUUACAAUCUGGCUUUGUUUGUGAUGAAGCAUCUGGCUAUUAUUACAAUGCUUCUUCUGGAUUCUAUUAUGAUGGAAAUACAGGUUUUUAUUUAUUUGGAAGCUGCCUUUUAGUUGUUUUCCUCAUUGUUAUUGUAAAAGCUGUCUCUUGAUUUUAUGUUUAUGCAUAAUAUAGGCAAAUGUUGCAAGUGUUGUAUCAUGUGGGCCAUAGCCCCAAUGGUAUCAAUGUUGUCGUCUAUAAGUGAACGUUCUGAUAUAUGUUGCUCAUACUGGUGUGGCAUCCUAAAUCUUUAACAAUCUUAUUUAGUGUGCAUCAAAUAAUUAGUUUCAUUAA